AUGUUGUAAAUGAGCCAUCAGACUGCAACAGCAUUACCUACUGGAACCUCAAAGUGUACACCAUCCCAGAGAGUACCUGCCCUGACUGGCACAACUGCGUCCAACAAUGACUUGGCAAGUCUUUUUGAGUGUCCGGUCUGCUUUGACUAUGUGUUACCACCCAUUCUUCAGUGUCAGAGUGGCCAUCUUGUUUGUAGCAACUGUCGCCCAAAGCUCACAUGUUGUCCAACUUGCCGGGGCCCGUUGGGAUCCAUUCGCAACUUGGCUAUGGAGAAGGUGGCCAAUUCAGUACUUUUCCCUUGUAAAUAUGCCUCUUCUGGAUGUGAAAUAACUCUGCCACACACAGAAAAAGCAGACCACGAAGAGCUCUGUGAGUUAAGGCCUGAUUCCUGUCCGUGCUCUGGUGCUUCCUGUAAAUGGUAAGGCUCUUUGGAUGCUGUAAUGCCGCAUCUGAUGCAUCAGCAUAAGUCUAUUACAACCCUACAGGGAGAGGAUAUAGUUUUCCUUGCUACAGACAUUAAUCUUCCUGGAGCUGCUGACUGGAUGAUGAUGCAGUCCUGUUUUGGCUUUCACUUCAUGUUAGUCUUGGAGAAACAGGAAACAUACGAUGGUCACCAGCAAUUCUUUGCAAUUGUACAGCUGUUAGGAACACGCAAGCAAGCUGAAAAUUUUGCUUAUCGACUUGAGCUAAAUGGUCAUAGGCGGCGAUUGACUUGGGAAGCCACUCCUCGAUCUAUUCAUGAGGGAAUUGCAACAGCCAUUAUGAAUAGUGACUGCCUAGUCUUUGACACCAGCAUUGCACAGCUUUUUGCAGAAAAUGGCAAUUUAGGCAUCAAUGUAACUAUUUCCAUGUGUUGAAAUGGCAAUCAAACAUUUUCUGGCCAGUGUUUAAAAGCGUUGCAUUCAGUUU